CAGCAUGUUCCUUUGAGUUGUAUCUACUUCGCGGCUUUUCUUAUUUUUUGGGGGGACAGUUUUUUCAAGUUUUAAGGUUUCUGAUUGGUCAGCAUGGGGAAUCUGAUCAAAGUUCUGACAAGGGACUUAGACAAUAACGCUGGGAACUUCUUCCUGGACUUUGAAAAUGCACAGCCCACAGAGACGGAGAGGAAGGUGUGGGAUGAAGUAAACAAAGUGUUGACGGAGGCAGAGGCAAUUCUUAAUGACCUGCAGUCUUAUAGCGGAGCAGGGGAAGCCAUCCGACAGGCUAUACAGCAGCCAAAUGAUGACAGUGUGCAGGAAAAGGCCUGGGCCACUGUGGUCCCACUAGUGGGAAAACUGAAGAAGUUUUACCUGUUUUCUAUGAAACUGGAGCAAGCAUUGCAUGACUUGCUGAGAUUCCUGACGAGCACGCACUGCAGUCCCACGCAGCACCUGGAGCAGGAGCAGGCUUUGGCUCGCCAGUUUGCAGAGAUCCUCCACUUCACGCUGCGCUUCGACGAGCUCAAGAUGACCAACCCUGCCAUUCAGAAUGACUUCAGCUACUACAGGAGGACCCUGAGCCGCAUGCGAAUCAACAAUGUUGCAGUAGAGGGACAAAACGAGGUGGACAACGAGAUGGCCAAUCGGAUGUCUCUCUUUUAUGCCGACGCCACGCCCAUGCUGAAAACAUUAAGCGCGGCCACCACAAAGUUUGUCUCAGAUAACCACGAUUUACCCAUAGAGAACACAACAGACUGUCUCAGUACGAUGGCAAGCGUAUGUAAAGUCAUGCUGGAAACGCCGGAGUACCGCACUCGGUUCACCAAUGAGGACACGGUGCUGUUCUGUUUACGUGUGAUGGUGGGCGUGAUUAUUCUGUAUGAUUAUGUUCACCCUGCGGGAGCCUUCGUCAAAUCCUCCAAAAUUGACAUGAAAGGAUGCAUCAAAGUCCUGCGGGAUCAGCCACCCAACAGUGUGGAGGGUCUUCUUAACGCUCUCAGGUAUACAACAAAGCAUUUGAACGAUAUAACUACCUCCAAGCAAAUAAAAAAUAUGUUGCAAGUUUGA